GGACACCUCUUUAAGCACAUCUCCGAGAUCAUUGGUCCUCUUUCGCUCGUCCAUCCACUCGUGGAGUUGACGCAAAUUUUUAAGAAGUUCAUUGACUCACCACUGCAGUCUCAAAAACUGAAUACAUAUAGCCUUCUUACAGGUUGCAUAAAGUCUGUCCUCAUGGAAGACGGCAAUUGUCGCCGACUUAUUCUACCCUCCAUUGUUGCAUCAAUGAAACCCUUCUUUGAUUCAAGCCUAGAUCGUGUUCUCACCACUUCAAGACAAGGCAGCCACCAGUGUGUGGAAUAUCGUCUGGAAAUGUUGCCACUCUUCCUAAGACGGUUCGUCCAGUUCGCUCAGGCGGACGCUGAAAGAGCCAGAAAGCCGACAGGCACCGAUGACCCUAAUGAGGAAACCAGCCUAGGUCAGACAGAGCCUUCUGAGAUGCAUGACCUCUUUGUUCGUCAGGGCUUUCUGCGCUGGGUUCUGCAAGCACUGGCUCGCGUUCUACAGUUCAUCGACAGUGCCUCCAGGUCUCGACCCAACUCGGACCUACUCGGCGUAGCGUCCGCCACCACAUUGGAUCUUCGGAAUGUCCAAUUUUUGGAACUUCGACCAAUCCUCGUAAGAACUCCCUCUACUUCUUCCCAAAUUGCUUGCGCUUGGUUUGCUGCUUCCGGUUUGAGGAAACUUUUACAAUAUUGCAAAACUAACAGUUCUAUCGCGGCUUUGCAGGCUACUCAUUGA